CGGUACCUGCUUCUCUUCCUGUCGAUCGAGAACAGAAACUGAAAGAAUAAAACAGUUUAGAGCAGAGAUCGUCGGUGUGAGGUUCCUUUCACCAUGUCAUCAGAAGAGGAUUUCUCCCUGGUGGUGACUGACAAAAAUGAAGACACAAUAGAGGGAAUCCAGGCUCUAAUCAAGGAUUACCAGAAAAGAUACUCUGUGAUCCUGGAGGAGCAGAAGGAUUUACAGCUCUUCAUUAAGGAACGACAGGAAAUGACCCAAAAGUUCAAGCAACGCACAGAAAAAGUGACGGAGGGUCUGAGAAAAGACCAGAUCGCCUUCGAAGAACAGAUCACAGCUGAAAAGGCCAGGUUGGACGCCCUGAAGCAGGAGGACUGCGAACUCCAGGAGGAGUUACAGAGAAUCCAGGCUGAAAUCAAGAAGGAAGAUUCCCAAAACGCCCAACUGAAGGAGCGAGCGGACGUGUUCUCCAAGAUGCCGGAGAAGAAUUUCGUCUUCACCGGGAAGACGGGAAAGGCCGAAGACGUGGAGGAGUUUGAGAUGAAGCCGCACAUCAGGUACCCGAUGGAAGAGGGAACGGCGCUCAUCACGUUCGAGGAGGAGGACGUGGCGACGAAUAUUCUGGAAAAGAAGAGACAUAAGGUGGAUCUGGGAGGAGAGUGCCGCAUCAUAGUGGAGGCCCAGCCGGUUCACCUGCUGAUGCCCAGCCUGGUGGAGAUCGACACAGACAUCUGUCCUCACCGGAUUUUGGUGUCCAACCUGCCCAACAUGGACACGGAGAUGCUGCUGAGCAAACUGGAAAUCCACUUCUCCAAGUCCAAACAUGGAGGCGGCGAGGUGGAGUCCUGCGACUUCCUGCCGGACUCGGGGACGGUGGUCAUCGCGUUCGUGAUGGAGAACAUUGCAGAACAUUUGGCAGUACAAGAACACCAUAAAAUAGAUUUCAACAAAAACAAGCACACAGUGAGAGUGACGCCUUUCGUAAACGGAAAAAUCACAAACUUGAAGACCCGGACCUCCAUGUGCCCUCGGACCGUCCUGCUGACGGGAAUCCCGGACGUCAUGGACUGGGAGACGAUGCAGGACAUGCUGGAGAUCCACUUCCAGAAAAACGGCAACGACGGCGGCGAGAUCGAAGCCUUCCUGUACAACCCGCUGGGCCAGCAGACCCUGGCGCUGUUCGGCAGCGCCACCCCAGAACCUGAAGAGGAGUAGAAGAUCCGGCUGCUCCAGAACCGAACUGACCGCCAGACAAACAUCUGCACUCUGUUUCUGAUGGCCCUCAGCCGAACUCUGUUCUGUUAUUUGUUGUUUUGGGAAUAAUCGGAAUGGUGAACGGUGCGUAACGUCAUGGUUUAGGAAACUGAAAGUCGAUCCAAUUUAGAUUCCCAGAUGAAAAUUAUUGUAAGUUUUAUCUAUAUUAGGCCUGUAACAAACGACUAAUUGAUUAUUCAGACGAUUAAUCGAAUUUUUACAUGAUUAAUCAAAUAAAGAAAUGGACACAUUCUGAUUUUUUAUUGAACCACUUAAGUUUUUUUAAACAAUAUUAGAAAUACAGUAAAACACGAUGUCCAAACUAUGUGCUGGGGGCCAUUUGGGGCCCUUGAAAUGCUUGUGUUUGGCCCCUGAUCACAAUCAAGAAUGGUGAAAACAAAACAGAAAACAAUUGAUAUUCUUUUUUUUUUUUUUUUUUACUGUUGAGCUG